CCCCUCCCUGUGCCGUCAUCAGUCGCUUCUUCUGCAUGUGUGUGUAGCGCCGCUUAGCCGUUAGCAUUGAGAGAUGUCCGCAGACAAGCAAAACGACGCCAAAUUUUCCGCCAUGGAUGAAAAUAAAGAAAAUUCACCGGACGGAGGACUCGGACUGGAGAUUCUGCAAAUCAUCAAGGAGUCUCAGCAGCAGCAUGGCCUCAGACACGGAGACUACCAGAGAUACAGGGGAUACUGCUCCCGCAGACUGCGUCGCUUACGUAAGACUCUUGGCUUCAAGAUGGGCAACAGGCACAAGUUCAUCGGGAAGAAGAUAACAGUGGAAAUGCUUUCUGACAGCAGGUAUCUGUUGCUGGUUUUGAUGGAGGCAGAGCGUGCAUGGAGCUACGCCAUGCAGCUGAAGCAGGAAGCCAACACGGAGCCCCGCAAACGCUUCCACCUGUUGGCACGACUACGCAAAGCUGCCAAGCACAGCGAGAAGCUGGAGAAGCUCUGCGAGAGCCCCCGGGUCGAUGCCAAGACCAAGCUUGAGGCACAGGCCUACACGGCGUACCUGUCUGGAAUGGUGGAGUUUGAAAUGCAGGAGUGGAAACGUGCCAUGGAGGCUUUCAACAAGUGCAAAACCAUCUACGAGAAGCUCGCCAGUGCGUUCACUGAGGAGAUGGCAGCUCUGUAUCGCCAGCGUGUGGAUGAGAUUUCUCCCAACAUCCGCUACUGUGCUUACAACAUCGGUGAUCAGAACGCCAUCAAUGACUUGAUGCAGAUGAGACUGACUGGUGGAGGAGGAGGCAUGAUGGCUGAGAAACUGGAGGCCUUGAUCACUCAGGCAAGAACCAAGCAGGCUGCCACCAUGAGCGAGGUGGAGUGGCGAGGGCGGUCGGUUCCUGUGAAGAUCGACAAGGCCCGCAUCUUCCUGCUCGGUCUGGCAGACAACGAGGCGGCUAUCGCUCAGGCAUCUAAUGAGGAGACCAAAGAGCAUCUGUAUGAGACGCUGCUGGCCGAGUGCAGAGACACCAUCCAGGCCGUGAAAGAGGAGCUGAAGAGUGAGGCGAAGCAACGAGAAAGGGGCUCUGAUGGUGACACCGGCAAAGUGUCUAACCUGCAGUUCCUGCACAGUUACCUGACCUACAUCAAGCUGUGCACGCUGGUGAAGAGGAACGAGAGCAUGGCCCACACUCUGCAGGCUAAACUGAAGGAACCCGAAGCCGACGAGAACAAGAGAGGGCCCCGCCCCCAGGACCUCAUCCGCCUCUAUGACAUCGUCCUGCAGAGUCUGGCCGAGCUCUCCACCCUGCAGGGUCUGGAGGACGACCACACCUUCCAGAAGGAGGUGUCCCUGAAGACGCUCGUUUACAAGGCCUACAGGUGUUUCUUCAUAGCUCAGUCUUACGUGCUGGUGAAGAAGUGGAGCGAGGCGUUGGUGCUGUACGAGCGGGUGCUGAAGUACGCCAAGGAGGUGCAGUCUAAGGCCAAGAGCCUCAACAACAGCCUCAAGGAUCUCCCCGACGUUCAGGAGCUCAUCGCCGAGGUCAACGCGGAAAAAUACUCCCUUCAGGCUGCUGCCAUUUUGGACACCGAUGAGACGGCUGAAGUUCCCUCUCAGCAGCAGGUCAAAGACAACACGCCCCUCUGCAACCGCCUGGAGACCUUCCGCCUGGACCCCGCCCUCGUGGGGAAGCAGCCCAACCUGGUGCAGUUCCCCCCCGACUUCCAGCCAAUCCCCUGCAAGCCGCUGUUCUUCGACCUCGCUCUGAACCACGUGGCCUUCCCCCCGCUGGACGACAAAGUUGAGCAGAAGGGCAAGGGCGGCCUCACCGGCUACAUCAAGGGCAUCUUCGGCUUCGGCAGCUAACUCCGCCCCCCCCACCCAGUGCAGGUCCUGGUCUCCAUAAAGGUUCCCGAGUUCACCGCAGAAACGAGCGGACUCAGGUCAAAGUUAAUCAGAAUAAUUUCAGCUUUUAAAAUAUUUAAUUUGUUUUAGUGCCCGAGUGCAGGAUGAGAUGAGUUUGUGUCUCUGAGGGAGGGCAGAUUAAAUCCAACUUUUCAAGAAGGAUUUCAGAGAAGUUAUCGAAUCAGUUCAAUGUCACCUGUCACCUCCAGUUUCAACAUCUGACUGUGUGUGAAGGCUCCCUCCUUUACCCGAGCGGGCGAGGUGCCACCAUAACGUUUACGUUUGACUGAAUGUCGUGAAAUGUUUUGAGUCCUGUCAGAGGAACAGGACUCCUUUAAUUAUCUCUCUUUCACUGAUAUGAAAGCGCCUUCAUGUUACCUUUUUGUUUUUAUUCAUCUGAGACGUCUUCAUUGUUUCUUAAUUGUUAAAGUUUGUUUUUUUUCUUUGGUACCUUUUUUAAUUAUUCAACACGAGCUGUUUUCACACACGAGAGCGUCCUGAGUGUCUUUUUCACUCUCGUCCCUCAGAGAGUCAAAGUCACUCCUGUCGGGACGGGAGGGGUCGUCGUCUCAGGAGGCGGGACAUGGCGGGUGAAGCAUCAGUCUGACACUACAAAGACAGUUUUUUGCCUUUAUAUCGAUACAUGUAAUUGGACGUAAUCACAGUAUGAAAGAGUUUGAAGCUGCUUCAUUCUCUGCACCAAAAUUUUACCAGUCACGACCCGCUAGGCGUUUGCGUCUCAACCCCCAGACCGCUCUCUGGUGGGUUGAACUU